UUGUCAAAAUAAAAAAAAAAGAAAGACUAAAGCGUGCAAAUUACCCGUUGAAAAAAUAUUAACCGGAAGUCCAAACAAAAACCCCGCAUACGAACUGAACUGAGAACUUAAACCCUAACCCAGCGAUGAAGCAAUCUCUGCUGAGAAAUGUCUCUGUCAUCGCUCGAAAUCGUCUUCUUCCUUCCCCAACUUCCAAUUCCAUCCCUAAUCGCUCGCUUCUUCCACUCGCCGCCCUUAGGCUUUUCUCCUCCGAGAACGGCUCCUCCAAUGAAAACCCUAAUCCCGGCCCUGUCGCCGACUUGACUCAACUCGACAAUAAAGAUGUCUCCGUUCAACUCCAAGAUGUCAGCAACAAAGAGUUGAAAAUGCGGAUUGAGAAGUACUUUGAGGGUGAUGAGGAAGCACUGCCGUCGAUCCUGGAAGCGAUUCUGCAGAGGAAGUUAUCUGGAAAGCACGCGGAGACAGAUGAUGAGUUGAUGGAAGAGCUUGAGGCGAAGCCGUUGCCUGAUGUUACUAACGAAGAAUUUGAAGAGUCUUGUGAAUUAGCUCAUGAGACUGAUGAAGAGAUUGAUGACUUAUAUGAUCCAAAAGGCUAUGUUGUGAAGAAAAUGAGAGAGGAUGAGUUCUUUGCCAUGGAUGAUAAGAAGUGGAGUGAAGUUGUUCAGGAUGGUGUUAAACAUGGAAUUGUCAAGGACCCCCAAGAAUGCGCUGAAAUUCUAGAAGAUAUGCUUCACUGGGACAAGCUUCUUCCGGAUGAUAUUAAACAAAAGGUAGAAAAAAGGUUCAAUGAACUUGGGGAUAUGUGUGAAAGAGGAGAGCUUGAACCUGAAGAAGGUUACAAAAUGUUCAAGGAGUUUGAGGAUAGGGUUGUUGAAGAAUACGUGCAGAAGAUGGAGGCUAAGGGUCCUGAAAGUUUUGAUGAGAGUGAUCUAAUAGUGAAAAAGACGGAUUCAGAUGUCCCAUCGGGUGAGGGACCCAUUCUUAGAUGGAAAACACGAGUAGUUAUUGGUCCUGGUGGUGAUUCUUGGCAUCCCAAGAAUAGAUUGGUGAAAUUGGGUGUUACUGUGAAAGAACUUGGCCUUUCAAAGUAUCAAUUUCGCAGGCUCAGAGAAUUGGUUGGAAAGCGGUAUCAUCCUGGGAAAGAUGAGCUUGUAAUUACUAGUGAGAGGUUUGAGCACCGAGAGGAAAACAGAAAAGAUUGCCUCAGAACCCUUCUUGCCCUUAUCGAAGAAGCUAAGAAGGCCAACGAUAUGGUAGACGUUGCUCGAGCUGCAUAUGUCAAGGGGAGACUGAAGGCAAAUCCUGCAUUCAUGGAAAGAUUGCGUGCCAAGGCCUCAAGGUUGCGAGAAUCCAAUACUGUGCCUGCUUGAGGUUUGGUCUGAUACGGUUGGUUGUCUCUGCAAAAAUAGAUUUGAACAUUUGAAAUGCCGUCUUGGAUGUGUUGCUGUUUCAAUUGAAGGACCUCACUCCAAGAUAACAAUUUUGCGUCUGUUCUCGCAACUCAUAUUCCAUGCAUCUUUCUUGUACAUUGCCAUGCUAGUUGCUGAUGUUUUCAGCCAGUUGGCUUUACCGUUUUGUCCCUGGAAUCUCACCUGGAUGCAAUAACUUGUUAAGUGUACUGAUGUUCGUCUGAUACUUAUAUCUAGCCCUUCGACGAUUAAGUUUAUUUUCAAAGAUUGAGCAAUAAAUCUCUCUUAUAUAUGUUAUUUACAUUGUGAAUGGUAGUACUUGCUUGACUAGUCAUUCCAAAAUAGGGAGAUAUUCCCACUGUUGAGAGAUUCUUUCAUUUAUAAAAUCCCAAUCUGUCUGUUGGAUUAUGAAUUAUAAAUAUGCUUUGUUCCUUAGUGCUUCAAAUAGUUGUCUAAUUUUUGUGCAUGCCGCUACUACUGCUUAUCCACCAAACACAUAGACAGCUCUCUCUCACUCUCUCUC